AUGGUUACUGUCCCAGCAGGAAGUAAAGAUAAAAAUUUAGAAAACCAAAGCAUCCAGGAAUCUAACAACCAAACAGUAACUACUACAGACACUGUCUUUUCUGAAGCCAAAAAUGCAGAGACUAGUUGGGCUGCACAAAUAGAGGAGAUAGAAGAAGCAAAACUAAAGAGCAUUGAGGCAAAGGCUUCCCAAGAGCCUCAAAGAACACAUAAAACCACAGCCAACCCAAAAACAAACCACGUUCAAACAAACAACAAAACAAAUGUUGUGAAUAUAACAACAACAACAUUAAAGUCUAAUGAAACUGCAAGUCCAAAUACAGAACACAUGUCUGACAAAAAGAACCAAUCAGCAAGUGACACAUCCCCAAGUCAAGAGACGACUCCUAAAUCUACCAUUUUAACAGAAAUUGCUACAACUAAUGAUAAAGAGUCCAAACCAAGACAGUGGUCUAACCUCUUCCCUAAACUCAAGGGAGGGAAAGCUGUAUUUACAAACUCUACCCCAAGACAAAAAAUUUGCUCAAAGAAUAAGAAUACACUUAUUCUAGACAUUCAAAAACUAGAAAACUUCUCUACAAAUAAUAUUAUCACAGCACUAGCUAUAAAGUUGGGUGAUGAUCUAGUUGGUACCAAAGAGAUAUCAAAUCAAUACAACAAUAUCCUUGAAGUUUUUCAGGAUGUAGGCAAAAUCUCUGCAAUAAAACCACUAUUAUAUAAAGGAACCUCAGUUUGCUUGGACCAAUGGCUUGCAGAUAACUCUUACACAAAGGUAGAUUCAACUGCUACUAAACCAAACAAACAUGAUAACACCAAGGACACAGAACCAGAGCAAAAGGCAAAGAUGGUCAAACCAAAACCAGAGGAAGAGCCCUUUACAACCAUAAGCUACAAGAAAAACAAAAAGCAAAAAAUGCAUCACACGGAUUCCAACUAUACAAGAACACAGAGAACUAUAGCCAAAUUCUUAACUCAACAAAACCUAAUACCAGUUAGAGAAUAUGUCACACCUGUUGAUAUAUGA